AGGCCCCCCCUCCACCAUGUCGCCUGGAGAAAAACUGGACCCGCUUCCUGACACUUUCAUCCUGCAGCCGCCAGUCUUCCACCCGGUGGUUCCUUAUGUCGCGACGAUUUUUGGUGGCCUGCGAGCAGGCAAGAUGGUCGUGCUCCAGGGAGCGGUUCCUCUAAAUGCACGCAGGUUCCAGGUGGACUUCCAGUGCGGCUGCAGCCUGCACCCCCGGCCAGAUAUCGCCAUCCACUUCAACCCUCGCUUCCACACCACCAAGCCACACGUCAUCUGCAACACCCUGCGCGGCGGGCGCUGGCAAGCCGAGGCCCGGUGGCCCCAUCUGGCCCUGCAGAAAGGAGCGAGCUUCCUCAUCCUCUUUCUCUUUGGAAAUGAGGAGAUGAAGGUGAGUGUAAAUGGACAACACUUUCUCCAUUACCGCUACCAGCUCCCGCUGUCUCGUGUAGACACCUUGGGCAUAUAUGGAGACAUCCUGGUGACGGCCGUUGGAUUCCUGAACAUCAGCCCAUUUGUGGAGGGCGGUAGCGAGUAUCCGGUUGGACACCCUUUCCUGCUGAAGAGCCCCAGCCUGGAGGUGCCCUGCUCGCGUGCCCUUCCCCAGGGUCUCUGGCCCGGACAGGUCAUCAUAGUGAGGGGGCUGGUCUUGCCGGAGCCAAAGGAUUUCACGCUCAGUCUGCUGGACGAGGCCGCCCACGUUCCUGUGACGCUCAGGGCUUCCUUCGCCGACAAAACUCUGGCCUGGGUCUCCCGCUGGGGCCGGAAGAAACUGAUCUUGGCCCCCUUCCUCUUCUACCCGCAGCGAUUCUUCGAGGUUCUGCUCCUAUGCCAAGAGGGAGAGCUGAAGCUGGCGCUCAGUGGGCAGGGCGUGGGGGCCACCACCCUGGGCCAGCAGGCCCUGGAGCGGCUGCGGGAGCUGCGAAUCAGUGGCAGCGUCCAGCUCUACUGCGUCCACUACUGAGGAGGGAUCCAGAGAGCCCAGCCAGAGAAGAAGAGGGCCAGCCUAUAGCCGGGGCCCCACCGGAUGGCCCCACUCUCCUAUCCUCAUUAAAAUCUCCACCUGCCAACAGGGUGUCAGGCCUGGCUCACUUCUGGAACCAGGAGCCUGAGUCUGCAGGUGCUUUGGACCCCACAGCAGAAAGGGGGCACAAGAGUGUGAAGGCUCCGGAAACUCUGCAGUUCCCUCCACCAGGAGCCUGGGAUUUGUCUAUGCCUCCUUUCAGGGCCUAGACGAGGAGGCAGGCUUUGUAGCCCAAUGAAGGUACUCCAAAAUGCAGCGGCUUUAAACAUUUAGAUGUUUAUUUCCUUCUCAUCUAAACAGAAAAAUCGUCCAGGUCAGUGGGGCAACUUUGCUCAUUAUGGACCUUCUGGGUCAUCCUAGUCAUCAUGCCACCACCCCCCAGGGCAUCAGCAUCACCUGCAUGGCAGAAGCUCAGUAGCCACCACAUCUAGGUUUCAACCGCUGAGAAGGCAAAUAGAGAAUACGGACAAGGUCCAUCUGAUAUCAUAAGCCCGACCUGGGAUUAGCACACGCUAUCACUCACGUCUCAUUGGCAAGUACUCAGUCACGCAGCCACGUUAUCUGCAAGGGAGAUAUCUGCAAGGUCAUCCCUCCACGGGAGGACCACGUGCCUGGCCAUAGUUCUACUCCUGUGGUUCCCGGAAUAUUUGGUUUGUUUAUACUUUACCAUCUUAUUUUGUGUUUUCUAUUUACCAUUGCUAUUUUUCAUCGUAUUUUCAGCUUUCAGACUUGCUAUUGGAUUGAUAAAGUCUUCUUUAUCACCCUCCCCCUUUUUUUCCUUAUGCUGAUUUGGAAGUUGUAAAUUCCAUUUUAUACUUCUAGUGGUUGUCCUUACUCUUUAUUUUAUUUUUUUAGUUAACACAAUAAAAUUGACUUUGGGGGGGUGGGUAAAAUUCUGAGUCUUAACAUAUACGUAGAUCUGUGUGGCCCUUACCACAAUCAAGAUAUAUAACAGCUCCAUCAUUCCAAAAAAUGCCCUGGUGUUAUUUCUGUGUAUUUGCACCUCCUCCAUCCGCUCCCUUAACCCCCAGCAACUCCCUGAUCUGCUCUGCAUGACUCUAUUUUGUGUUUUUGAGAAUGUCAUAUAAAUGGAAUCAGGUAGGAUGUGACCUUUUGAAACUGAUUUCUUUCAAUCAGCAUUACCCUUUGGAGAUUAAUCUAAGUGGCUGUUUGUAUCAGUGACUCAUUCCUGUUUAUUACUCAGUAGUAUCCCGUUGUACCACAAUUGACCCACUGAAGAACAUUCGGGUGGUUUUCAGUUUUUGAUAAUUAAUGAAUAGAGCAGCUAAAAUCAUUUGUAUACAAGUCUUUGUAUGAAUGUAACUUUUCAUUUCUCUUGGGUUAAUACCUACUAGUGAGAUUGAUGGAUCAUAUGGUAAAUGCAUGUUUAACUUUAUAAGAAACUGUCACAAUUUUCCAGAGUUGUUUCAGAGUAGUUUUGGGAAUUUUGCUUUCCCACCAGCAAUCUAUGAGAUUUCCAGUCGUUCUGUAUGUUCAUCAAUGCUCAUAAUUGUCAGUAUUUUUUAUGUUAGCCAUCUUCAUCGGUGUGUAAGGGUAUCUCAUUGUGGCUUUAAUUUGUAUUUGCCUAGUGGCUAAAGGUGUUGAGCAUCUUUUUAUGUGCUAAUUUUCCAUCUGUGUAUUCUCUCUGGUGCAGUGCCUGUUCAGAUCUUUUCUCCAUUUUUAAUUGAGUUGUUUGUUUUCUUAUCACUGACUUUUAAGAGUUUCUUUAUAUAGGCUGGAUAAAUGUCUUUUGUUAAAUAUGUGGUUUGUAAGUAAUUUCUCCCAGUCUUAGCUUAUCUUUUCAUUCUCUAAACAGUUUCUUUCACAGAGCAAAAGUUUUUAAUUUUGAUAAAGUCCAAUUCAUCAAUUUUUUCUGGAAUCGUAUUUUUGGUGUCAUAUCUAAGAAGUUUUUGCCUAAUGAAGAUUUUCUCCUUUGUUUUCUUCUAAAAGUUUUAUACUUCAUAGUUCACAUAUAGAUCUAUGAUCCAUUUUAAAUUAAUUGUUAAUUAUGUUGUGCAGUUUAGGUUGAAGUUUUAUGAGGUUUCUUUUGGUUUGGUUUUUGCAUUUGGAUGUCCAAUUAUUCCAGUAACAGUUUUGAAAAGACUAUCUAUCCUCUGUUGAAGUGCUUUUGCAACUUUGUCAAAAAUCAAUUGGCCAUAUUUGGGCAAGCUUAUUUUUGGACUCUAUUCUGUUCCAUUAAUCUGUGUGUCCGUCUCUUGGCCAAUACCACACUGUCUUGACUACUGCAUCUUUGUAGUAAAUCUUGAUAAUGGGUAAUGUAAUUCCUCCAACUUUAUUCUUCUUCAAAAUUAUUUUGACUCUUCUUGAUCCUUUGCCUUUUCUUAUAAAUUUUAGAAGCAGCUUGUCCAUACCUACAAGAUAUCCUGCAGGGAUUUUGAAGGGAAUUGCAUUAAAAUUUAUAAAGCAACUUGGGAAAAAUUGACCUCUUUAUUAUGUUGAAUCUUUCAAUCCACUAACACAACAGGUCUUACCAUUUACUUAGGUCUUUGAUUUAUUUCAUCAGCAUCUUCUAGUUUUUAGCAUACAAAUCCUAUACAUGUGUUGUUAGAUUUAUAGCUAAGUAUUUCAUCUUUUUAGGGUUAUUGUAAGUGGUAUUUUUUAACUUCAGUUUGCAAUUGUUUAUUGUAAUUACAUAGAAAUAUGAUUGAUUUUCUAUAUAUAUAGAAAGUGUUUUUGUCUAUUACACAGAAUCUUUUACAUAAAUCUUUUACAUUUGUCUGUGAAAAGGGGCAAUUUUACUUCUUCCUUUCCAAUCUAUAAGGCUUUAUUUUUCCUGUCUUAUGCUGGCUAAGAAUUCUAGUGCAAUGUUGAGUAGGACGAAUGAGAGUAGACGUCUUUGCCUUGUUCCCAAUAUUAGGGAAGAAGCCUUAUAAUAUUAACUAUAGAUUUUUUGUAGAUGCCCCUUAUCAAGUUAAGGACAUACCCUUAUAUUUUAGUUUACUGAGAGUUUUUAUUAUUAUUACUAUUAUGAUGUAUUUAUCACAAAUUAUUAUGAAUGGAUGUUGAAUUUUGUGAAAGGUUUUUUCUGCAUCAAAUGAUAUGAACAUUUGUUUUUUAUUCUUUAGGCUAUAAAUAUGGUGUAUUACAUAAUUGAUAAUCAAAUAUUCAACCAGACUUGCAUUUCUGUGAUAAACUCUACUUUGCCGUGGUGUAUUAUUCAUUUUGAAAAUAUAGACAUACCUCAUUUUACUGUGCUUCAUCUUAUUGUGCUUCACAGAUAUUGCAUUUUUUAACAAAUUCGAGGUUUAUGGCAACCCUGUGUCAUGCAAGUCUAUCAGUGCCAUUUUUUCCAACAGCAUAAUUUUUUAAUUAAGGUAUGUAUGUUGUUUUUUAGAUAGAAUGCUAUUGUAUGCUUAAUAGACUACAGUACAGUGCAGACAUAACUUUCAUGUGCACUGGAAUACCAAAAGAUUCCUGUGACUCUCUUUAUUGUGAUAUUCGCUUUAUUGUGGUGUUGUGGAACCAAACCCACAAUAUCUCUGAGGUAUGCCUGUAGCUGGAUUUGAUUUGCUAAAAUAUUUUUGAGGAUUUUAACAUCUGGUUUAUGAAGGAUAAUGAUCUCUAAUAUUACUUUCCUGCACUAUCAUUGUCUGUUUUUGGUAUCAGGGUAAUGCUGUCCCCUCCUCUAUUUUCUGGAAGAGUUUGUAAAAAUUGGGGAUAUUUCUUUAAUCUUUCAUAGAAUUUGCCAGGGAAGCUAUCUAGACCUGGAUAUUUCCAUUUGGAAGAUUUUUAAUGAAAAAUUCAAUUCCUGUAAUAAGACAUAGAAAUAGGCUACGUAUCUAUUUCAUCUUGGGUUGGUUUCGGUAGUUUGUGUUUUUCAAGAAAUUGGUCCAGUUAAUCUUAGUCAUCCAAUGUAUAUAUGUAGGUAGAGUGCAUAAUAUUAUUUUCUUAUCGUUUUAAUGUCUGGGGGAUCUUUAGUGAAAGCCCUUUUUUCACUUCUGAUAUUGGUAAUUUGAAUCUUUUUCCCUUUUUUUAAUUGACCUUUUCAGAAAAACAGCUUUGGCCCUAUUGAUUUCCUCUUCUGUUUUCGGUUUCCAGUUUUAUAGAUUUCCACUCUUAUCUUUAUUAUUUCCUUCUUUCUGCUUGCUUUGGUUUAUUUUGCUCUUUUUUUCUAAUUUCUUCAGUUGGAAGCUCAGAAUACUGAUUUUAAACUUUUCUUCUUUUCUAGCACAAGCAUUUAAUACAAUAAAUUUCUUCUCGGCACUUUAGCUAUAACACACAAAUUUUUAUAUUUUGGGUUUACAUUUUGUUCAUUUUAAAAUAUUUGCUAAUGUCCAUUGAGACUUCCUCUUUGACCAAUGGAUUAUUUAGAAGUAUGUCAUUUAAUUCCAAGUGUUGUAGAUCAUUCUGAUAUCUUUCCGUCAUUGAGCUGUAGUUUAACUCACACUUUGUAUAAUUUCAACUAUUUAAAAAUUUUAAAUAUUUUCUUAUGAUCCAGAAUAUAAGCUUUAGUGAAUGUUCUGUGGACCCUUGAAAAGAAUGUGUACUCUGAUGUUGAGUUGAGUGUUCAGUAAAUGUCAAUUAGAUCCAAUUUGUUGAUGGUGUUUUUCAGUUCUUCUGUAUUAUGGCUGGUUUUCUGGUCUACAGGUCCUAUCAGGUUUUCAGAGAGGAAUGUGAAAGUCUUCAGCUACAAUUGCAUAUUUAUCUAUUUCUCCUUUCAGUUCUGUCUGGUUUUGCUUCCUUUAUUUUGAAGCUCUAUUGUUCAGUGCAUAUCAAAGUGUGUUUUAGAUAUGAUACUGUUUCUCCAGGGAAGUGGAGGCAUUUUGUAUAUUAAUCAUGUAGAAUAAAAAAAAUACUGUGCAAAAAACUUUGGAUUAUUAUGUUGUGCAGAAAAAAAAUGACCAUGCUAGUCCUGAAACAGCGAUUCUUAGAAAAGGCUGCUUGCAAGGUUGGUCUUGGCUAGUAUCUGGGAACUUAACUGGUAAACAAUUCCCUAUACUGACAUAAAACAUUCCUAACUAUUAAGAGUGGCUCACUGUGCCUAAACCGUUUAUAUUAAAAAUAUAGUUUAUGCUGAAUACCCAGGUUUCUUCUGGGAAUCUAGAAUUUUGGUACAUGCUAGGCAGAGGGUGCCUGUAUUACUUACCCUUUAUAAAAGCCUGAAUUUCUAGACUCAGAGAA